GGAAGAUUCCGGCGGAAGGAAUUUGGUGUUGGACUGGAAGAGCCACGUAUGGCGCCCGGCUGCCGCUCACCUCCAGAAGGAGCCUACACUAUCUUAUUCGUGAGUUGCAUAGGAAAGGCCUCAAUCCUUGACGCAUUGGAACCUGCCAAGUCAAGUGCUACGUUUCCUAGUUCACAGAUCAUGAUGCUGCUUUUCAGAAUGUUUGCAAUCUCGUGAAUUAUCCUCAGCAGAGCACAUGUCCUUUAAUGGCACGAAGUGACCUUUGCCUCAUUGUGAGAAGACCUAUAAAGUGACAUUUGUUACUGCUAAGUUUUGUAGAAUGAUGGAAACCCCAUCCCAUACUCAAGAUGCCGUAUUGACUGAUUCAAAGUGCACUGUAACGACUGGGAACAAAGAAGGAAUUCCUGAUGACGUAGCUAUAUCUGGGUCAUCAGUUACAGGAACCGGUAUGAACGGUACCUAUGUGAACAGUACUGAUAAGGUGCCAAGCAUUGGAGCAGCCAUGGACGCCAGCAGUAUCUCAGGCAAACAUGAGGGCGAGAUCCAGCAACUGUGUGCUUCCAGUGGUAAAGGUGCUGAUGGUGAAGGAGACGGUUGUCAGAAUGGAUCCAAGUCCGUUUACAGGUCCACUGGGCCUUCUGACAUUCCCCAAGCAGUCUCUACCUCACCAGAAAGUCAGGCACCAAUGUGCAGAUCUGAUGAGUGCACACAGCCUUCCCCAGGUGUGGAUGGUUUCCAUGACAACUUAAAGAAUCCUCAGGCAGCUAAAUCUGAGAUGCUUGUUCAAAAAUGUGAAGCUUUGCAGUCGCUCAUUAUAAGUCUUCCUAUGCAAGAAACCGAUUUGUGUACUGUGGAUCCUUCUUUGAAAGAACAGAAUGAAGAACAGAUACGUUCACAGGCUCAACGACGUCUUGAAGAGCAGCUUAAGCAGUACAGAGUGCAAAGACAUCAGCAGAGAUCCAAGCAAUCAAAAAAUCGACUCAGCAGUACAUUGGACCCAGAGUUGAUGUUCCACCCAGAAGUACUUCCAAGAGCUAAUACACUCAACUUGACUACGGAGUACUCAUUCCUGAGGACCAGUGUUCCACGAGGACCCAAAGUGGGCAGCCUUGGAAUGCCAAAUGCUCUUAAAGAUGAGAAGACUUUGCGGCAUUCAAAGACCAGCAAAAUACGAUCCCUUGCGGAUUAUAAAACAGAUAGUUCAGAGGCCAGCAGUAGUAUUGGGAGGUCUUCCAGUGUGGAAACAUUAUCCCAGAACAGGACUGGUUCAUCCACAUCUGUCAUAUCUGAAAUAGGCCUUGCAUUAGAAAAUGAUAAAUUGGAGAGUUCAUUGCAUAUUGAGGACAACAACUCUGAGAUAGAUGGCAGCGAUCUGGGUGCGAGGCAAGAUGAAAUUGAAAGUGAUAGUUCCUCGUACAGCAGUAUAUCUACCACUGGUAUUUAUGGGACUAUGUCGGUGCUGGACAGCAGGCAAAAAAACACAUACACUGUUGAUGGGCAAGAAAUAUUAUCAAAUGACAUGGGGCAGUUUCCUUCUAUUGGGGAGGUGUUACAGGCUGCGGCAGCAGAGCAUCAGAGCGACCAUCAGGAAGUGAAUGGAGCAGUGCGGAGCAGGAGAGACAGUAUUUCCAGCAGUAUCUCUGUGGAAAGCUCUGUGGCAGAAUCUCACGAUGACCUGAUGCAAAUUCUGAAAGAAAAAAUGCGACUUGAGGGGCAAUUGGAAGCUCUGUCUUCUGAAGCUAACGAGGGUUUGAAAGAGAAGACUGAAUUGCAGGCUCAAUUAGCAGCUUUAAAUGCGCAACUACAGGCACAAAAUGAGCAGAAGGUGCUCAGUGAGGAAAAGCAGAGUAUGUUGAACUCUGAAGUAAACACCUUACGACAAACAUGUUCCAGCCUCGAACAGGCCAUGACUGAGCUGCAGACGAAUCUUGAGUCUAAGAAUGCCAGCUUAGCUGCACUCAACAAUGAUCUUCAGGUAUCAGAGGAGCAAUACCAGAGACUGGUGGGAAAAGUCACAGAAAUGCAGCAGGCACUCUCCAGCAGAAAUGACUCCGUUCAUGCUAUUCAACAACAAAUGACAGUCCUGCAGAGCCAGCUUCAGCAGGUACAAUUGGACCGCGCCACUCUGACAAGCCAGCUCAAGGCUUCCCAAUCAGAAAUAGCUUCUCUGCAGCAAGUCAGGCUAUGGUACCAGCAGCAGCUGACACUGGCACAAGAGGCGAGAGUUCGGUUACAGAGCGAAAUGGCAAAUGUGCAGGCUGGUCACAUGACCCAAGCAGCAAUGCUGGAGCAUCUGAAAAUUGAGAAUGUGACUCUUUCUCAACAACUUACAGAUACUCAGCAGAGAUCAAUCAAGGAAAAGGAGCGUAUUGCAAUGCACCUACAAAAUAUUGAGGUUGAUAUGUUGGAUCAGGAAAAAGCUUUCCAGCAGAUCCAAGAAGCUAAGGCACUGGUGGAAGAUGAUCUGUCACGGAGACUUGAAGAGUUUGAGGAAGAGCGUGAACACCUUCAGAAACUUGCUGAUUCAGCUACUGCAUUGGAGAGGCAGCUUGAGGAGGUUAAGUUAACCUUGCAUCAACGUGAGCUCCAAUUAGGAGCUUUGGAACAGGAACAAUUGGACCUACUGAAACAGUUGACUGUCUCCCAGGAAUCCAUGCACACCAAGGACCAAACCUUAAAUGAGUUGCAGGCACGUUAUGAUGAGCUGGAGGCCCACCUAACAGAGGUCCAAACUGAAACCAGUGCCAAAGAUGAAACAAUUCAGUCCCUGCAGAAUGAGAAGAUUGUCCUGGAAGUUGCACUGCAAGCUAGAAAGACAGAUAAGGCUGUGCUGGGGGAAGAAACUAAAAAGCUUGAGGAGGACACUGUGAUGGUUUCUGAAAUCCUCGAACAGCUUCGGCAGGAAGUUGCUGUUAAGACUGGACUGGUAGAAAAUAUGCAAAAGGAGAAUACCAGCUUCAAGAAGCAGACUCAGAAACUAAAAGAUCAACUUGUACAACAGAAGGUAAUGGUGGAGGCCUAUCGACGUGAUGCAAAUUCAAAGGAUCAACUAAUGAAUGAGUUGAAAUCAGCAAAGAAAAAGCUGGAGUCGGAGGUCAAAGAACUGAAACAAGAGAUGGUUGUGUUGCAGACUGACAAAAAAUCCGCACAGAAUGAGCAUUUAAGAUUACAAAAAGAAAUUUCUCGAAUUCACCAACAAAUGACUGAUCUAGAAACCCAGCUGCAGUUGGCACAGGAAGAACGUGAUGAAUUGAAUACAGAGCUUCAGUCAAUGCAGUUUGACCGAAACCACCUAAUAUCACUUUCUCAUGAGAAUGAAGAACUGAAGAAGCAUGUGGAGCAGAUGCAGGAAGAAGCUAAAAAAGGUAUCUCUGAACAGAAGACGCGAAUGAAGAAGCUUGGCACAGAUCUCAGCAGUGCGCAGAAAGAAAUGAAAGCCAAACAUAAAGCUUAUGAGAGCGCCGUUGGUAUCCUGAGCCGUCGACUGCAAGAAGCCCUUGGAGCAAAAGAAUCGGCUGAAGCAGAGCUCAGCAAGUUGAAAGAUCAGCUCACAGAAGGUGGAAAUGAUAAAAUUCUUCAAGAACGAAUUCAGGCUUUGCAAACAGAACUGCAGGCAGUAAACUACAGCAAAGCCACACUUGAAAAGGAGUUACAGGCAAUCAUCUCCCUUACCAGCCAGGAACUUGAGGAUUAUAGAGAGAAGGUUUUGGAUCUAGAGGAUGAGCUUCAAGAGUCAAGAGGUUAUCGGAAAAAGAUACGACGGUUGGAAGAAGCCAAUAAAAAGCUGAUGCUAGAGUUGGAACAUGAGCGAGGGAAAUUAGUUGGCUUAAGUCAGUCCCAUGCUGCACUGAAAGAGCAUACCAGCAUCUUGGAGACUGCAUUGUCAAAAAGAGAAGCCGAUCUUGUACAACUUAAUCUUCAGGUACAAGCAGUCCUAAAACGAAAGGAAGAAGAGGACCAGCAGAUGAAGCAGUUAGUACAAGCUUUGCAGAUUGCACUGGAAAAGGAGAAAGGAAAUGUUAAUGAAUUAAAACAGCAGGUUUCAGCAAACAAGGCUGAGGCUGGACACAAUCGUCGUCACUACAGAGCAGCUGCCCUCGAACUCAGUGAGGUGAAGAAAGAGCUAUAUGCCAAAGAACAGCUUGUAGAAGCUCUGCAGGCAGAAGCUGACAAACUCCAAGCCCAGGAUAAGAAACACUCUCAGGAAGUAGCACAGUUCCAGGAGGAAUUGGCUGCAGCUCACUCCCAGCUUAAACUAUUGCAGAAACAGCUGGAUGAAGAGCUUAAUAAACCAGUUACUGUAAACCAGGAGGUGGAGGACUUGAAAUGGGAAGUUGAACAGAAGGAAAGGGACCUACAAGCCUUAAGACAGCAUCUCUCACUAACUGAACAGCGAAGUCAGAAGGAGUUAGAAGCGCUACAGGAAGCCUUACAGGGUGUAAAGGUGAAUCUGGAAGAACUGCAGGAGGAAUUGACAGUCACCCGUAAGGAUAAAUUCAUGCUCCAAACUAAGGUGACAGAACUAAGAAAUACCAUGAAGACAUUACUGCAACAAAACCAGCAGCUGAAGAUGGAUCUGAAACAGACAAAAACACGGAAGAGAAUGGAGUUGAAAGGAGAUGUUGUUUCAUCAAAUCCAGUGACUCCAGUAAAGAUCCCUGAUUGCCCUGUACCUGCCUCCCUUCUUGAAGAAUUGCUCAGGCCACCGACGGCUGUGAGUAAAGAGCCUCUUAACAAUCUCCACAGUUGUCUAAAGCAGUUGAGGCAAGAGAUGGACAGUUUACAGCGACAAAUGGAGGAGCAUACAGUAACUGUACACCAAUCUAUGUCGUCAUGGACACAAAUGGAAGGACAAUUGUUGGAACUUACUGCUGAUGGCGCAGUCCCAGCAACAACAGAGGUGUCCAGCAAUAGUACAGAAACUGACCUCAACAGUAGUGCAAAUACUAACCAUGCAAGUAGGACCUGUCAGCAAGGAACAAUUUCUGCACCACCACAAAUAUAAAAGCCCUCAGUAAUGCUGAAGAUGGGAAUGUUUUCCAAAUCUCUCUGCUUUAUUUACAUUCUUGUUUCCUUGGCUGCCUAACAGCAAAACGUUCAUUCACAUGACUGGCAAUGGAUUUAAAUAUUGCUUGUAAUUGCCUGAAUCCAACUUCCACUUGUGAUUUUUGUUAGACUACUGGGUCCAUUAAAAAAAAAAGGAGGUGGGAGGUAACUUGUUUUCAGAAAGUCAAUCCAUCAGCAAUUCAGUAACCUGGAUUGACUGGGAAAAACUAACUGUUUGGGUAUUCUAACCCUUGAAUGAUGGGGAGGGGGGAAUAAUUACAAGGAGUGCUUAAAAGGUCAAGAAAAAUAUUGAGUCUAAUUUAUUAAAAUUAAAUUGUAACUUUAACUUUAAAAAUGGUUGUAAUUUUUGUUUUACAGUUCUGAAAGUUCUUCUAGUUUAAGAUAUAUUUGUUAGUUUAAGGCUUGGGCAGCAUUAUGUUGGUAUUGUGUAAAUCAAAGUUCUACCUGAGGACAGUGUUUUGUUCCUUUUCACUUUUAACAUAAAAAUCUUUUGUUCCUUUUCAAAGAAACCAUAGCUAAAAACAUUUUGUACCUUUUUGAUUCUCCAUGUUUGUGGACAUAAAGCAAGCCCAAAUAAUAUCAACUUAUUUAACUUCAGCAGCAAAUGCUAAAGAUGCUUGUUUAUAUAUUACAGUUUGCUUGUGCAUGCACAUGAAUAUUCAUCUAUUUUUUUUCUUUCUUUACAAUGCUGUUAGGCAAUUGGAUUGCACAAAUUUUGGUAUUCUGGGUUUGACAAAAGGAUAAGGGUUUUAAAUCCAGUGACCAGUAGGUGUAAAUUCACAGCAUAAAAUGGCCUUGAGUUGACAGUUGUGUUCAGAAUAGAAUGUUAGAUAGGCGCUCUCAAUUGUGCGCUCCUCUAUUAAGUCUUGGGUCAAUGUAAAGGGAGCAAAGUAAACAGCAGGUUUUGAUUACCUGGGUAUUGCACUUGCCUACAGUGGAAAAGUAGUUAAUUCCCCACUGCUAAGCAACCUCACCACGAUGAGCAGAAAGACAAGGUUUUUAAAAAAAAACUUAAUUGAAUUUUUAAAAAUUGUGAAAAAUUGCGUAUUCAUUAUAAGUCCCACUGCCACAUAUUUCAAGAUGGAGGAAGCACGUUUAUAUCACUAAGCUGAAAAAAACUGAAAAAUAUUUUUCAACAGCAGCAUAAAUGCUUAGCCUAAGUAAUGUAUAAGCCGAAUGAGCUGCUUUGACUAUUUGUUAUCAUUUGUGCACUACAAUGAUUAUUGUUUCUUUUUUACUAACUGCUGCUGUCCUGACAUGAUUGAAUAGUUUGCUCAGUAGCUACUAACUGUUUAUUUUCAUUUGACUUUUGCUUUCUGUUUAUUUUGUUUUUCAGUUUGGUCUGUACACUUUGGAUUUACUAAGCAAAACUAUCUUGUACAGUAUGAAAGUUCUGUAAGCAUGUUAAGGGAUUUAAAUUUAUGCAUAACAUUGCUGGAGAGCCUUGUGCAAUAAACUAUUUUUGGUAAUGGUUUUCCAUGUAUGGUUUACUUUUGUGAUUUUCUCUAAAGAGGGAUACAGCUUAUUCAUAAAUUGCAUGUACGAAACCAAUCUUAUCAGUCAUCUGCAUGGUCUGAUUUAACAAUUAAUAUUUUACUUCAUAUAAGCAUAACGGAAGCUAAAAAUACAGAAUUUUGCUCAAGAGCAAAUAUUUUUAUAACUUGAAGCGGGAACCAAUGACCUUACUUGGAUUUCACAGUUCCGUGACCGUCUAUCCUCAAACAAUAUGUUCUUAUUUGGUCAAGGAAUACACAAAAUGGUAUUGGAGUAAUUGAUAUGGAAAUAUUGCUGAGAGUCAUAAUAGUAAAUAGUUCAGAUGAAGCGACAGCUUCUUAGAAGUGUUAUCUAAAUUCUGGAACAUAAAAAUCAAUGCAAAUGCAUUUAUACAUUUCUGUUGUUUUGUUAGCUCUGUAUGUCCAGUGCUUUGUAACCUCAAUAUGUCCUGAUAUUUCUUUGCAUUAAUGACAUUAAUAAAGCUGAUUCUUCUGUAGUGAAUUAUAAAGAGAUACCAUGUCCAGUGUGGUGGAAUACACUGCUUGAGGCUGUGCUGGAAGCAGAUUCAGUCACAGCUUCCAAAGAGAAUUGGGUAAUUAUCUGGACAGUAGAUUAUUGCAGAGUUGUGGGGUUUUUGGUGGGGUCAAAGAGUGAAUUAAACAAAUCACUCUCACAGACAGCAGGUACGAAUAUGAAGAGCCAAAUGGUGCCCACCUAUGGUAUAAUUCUAUGAUUCUGUGCAUGUAUUCGGACAUUAUAGCAUUACUACCUGGAAAAUGACAGGGUUUCACAAUUGCAUUAUGCCUGUAGUUUGUAUUUUUGUAGAAAACAUUUAAAUUGAGAAUCUUUUAAAAGAAAAUGUCUGUUUCUUCUAAUGUUAAACUUAAAUGUUUUCAUUCAACCACCAUCACUACACCGAUUUCCUCCGUUCUUGUAUAAUUGGCCGUUCAUGUUAUAGUUCAUAGAAUUUGCCUUUUCCGAAGAGCUUUUUCCUCUAAACUUUUAACAU